CAAAAAAUUUGAAUCAGCAAAAGCGAAAACGAAGAGAGGGAGAAGAUGAAAUGAAAAAGAGCGCCAUUUCCUUCGUACCGGCCCUCGCUCGUUCUGCGAUCGUUCAAAAGGAGGCCCCCUCUCUCCUUUCCUCCACUCUCUUCCCCUUCUUCUUGCUCUUGGUAGAGUCGCCCGACCGCCAUAGCCAUGUCCUGCGACCAAGAGAACCGAGCACCAGUCACGCGGGCAAGGGCCAAGAGAGCCGCUGACUCCUCUGCUGCCACCGUUCCUCCGCAGAAGAAACGCGCCGCGUUGGCCGAGCUCACCAACCUCAUCGACGCCUCUUCUAGCGCCCCUGCUCGAUCCAGAAGGAAGUCGACCAAGGCCUUCGCUGGAGUUGAUCUUGGUGGUAAACCCCAAACAUCCGGUGCCGCAUCUCGGCAGAAGAAGCGCGUCGUCUUGGGCGAGCUCCCUGAACUCGCCCGUUCAUCGUCUGGUGCGGCAGGCCGAACCAGGAGAAAGGCGGGGAAGUCGCGCACUCGGGACGACAAUGCCGACCCCCUCGACGAUGACCCUCAAAUGUGUCGGCCUUAUGCGUCCGAUAUCUAUGAGUUUCUUCGGUCCUCGGAGGUCAAAAGAAGGCCAUCCUCUAAUUACAUGGAGUCCGUUCAGAACGAUAUUACUGCAAAUAUGAGAUCGAUUUUGGUGGAUUGGUUAGUCGAAGUUGCAGAAGAGUACAAGCUUGUUGCUGAUACUCUGUACCUCACCAUCUCCUACGUCGAUCGGUUUCUCUCCGCUAACGCGCUUAACAGACAGAAACUUCAACUGUUGGGUGUUUCUUGCAUGCUUAUUGCAUCCAAGUACGAAGAGAUUAGUCCUCCCCAUGUCGAAGAUUUCUGCUAUAUAACUGAUAAUACCUACACUAAGGAGGAGCUGGUGGAGAUGGAAAGCAAAAUACUCACCUUUUUUAAAUUUGAGUUGAGCAAUCCAACAAUCAAAACCUUCUUAAGGCGAUUCGUAAUGGCUGCUGAAGGAAAUAACAAGUCCCCAAAUCUGUUGCUGGAAUUUUUAUGCAAUUUCCUGGCUGAAUUAAGCUUAUUAGAGUAUGGCUGCCUUGAGUUCUUGCCUUCACAGAUUGCAGCGUCAAUUUUGUUUGUUGCAAGAUUCAUCAUCAAUCCAAAAACACAUCCUUGGACAAUGGUUCUGCAAAAUGACACCGGAUAUAAACCAUCUGAGCUCAAGGAUUGUGCCCAUAUCAUACAUGACCUGCAAUUGAACAAAAGGCAAUCCACCUUACUAGCAGUGAGGGAGAAAUACAAUCAGCACAAGUUCAAAUGCGUCUCAACGUUAAAUUCUCCUGAAGAGAUUCCGUCAAGUUUCUUUGAGGACCUCAAGUGAUGAAUGGCGCAGUAAAGUUUGUGGUUGUGAAGUUCAGGAAUUGAGGUGGUGUGAAGGCUUCAAUCUGUACAGUUUUUUGCAGAUGCUUAUGCAAGUGAGAUUCAUUCAAUGGAGAAUUAUUAGGUAGUAAGUUGGGACUUUAAGUGUACUGCACGAAAGCCCUUGUUUAUGAAAUUGUCAGAGAGGCAACCACUUGGGCCUCUUAUGGGAGGGGAUGUUUCUGCUCAUUCUCCACUUACUGGUCAAUCAGCCAGUGAUUAACGAAGUUGUUAAUGCUAACGUAAGAAAACUUGCAACAUGGGGCUAGAUCAUCCUUUUGUAGUAUGACGCAAUUUUGCAUGCCUUGGGUGAGGUUUGAAGUUCA